AUGUCUUCUGACACCUUUGAAAAGCCUGACCCCCCAAAAUUUACAUUCAAAGACAUACAAUUGGCCACCAAUGAUUUUGCGGCUGAAAAUCUGAUAGCUGAAACUAGUACUUCAAAGGUUUACGAAGUGCAACGAUUGCAAUCAGAAGAGGAUGAAAAAGUAGAGCUUAUCAAUGUCCUGGUACAUGUGCUUAAGUACGUUCUUACGGCUGAAACUGUAUUUAGACUACCUGAAGCAUGUUUCCCUUUGUUGUCAGUGAAUAACAAUAUAAUUUCUGUUGUUGGGUAUUGUGGGAAGCUGGACGAAGAAGUUACGGUGAUUGUCAUGCAGAAUGAGGCAAAUGGAAGCCUGGAUAAACAUUUAAGUAGCAAAACCCUCACUUGGAUUCAAAGAUUGCGGAUAUGUCUUGGUAUUGCUCGUGCAAUACACUAUUUUCAUUAUGGUUUUCGUGAGGGUAUGAGUGUGAUACAUGGUAACAUCAAAAGUUCAAGAAUAUUAUUAGAUGAUAAUUGGGAACCCAAAUUAUUUGGUUUUGAAUUCUCCGUUGUGUGUAAACCAAGUCAUCCACUUGUACGAAUAAUUAAAUAUGGAGGUUCAUUAGAGUAUAUGGAUCCAGCAUUUGAGAAGACAGGGGGUAUAAAUCAGAAGUCAGAUGUUUUCUCGUUGGGGGUGGUUUUAUUUGAAGUCUUAUUUGGGCAGAGAGCAAGGAUUCAGAAUGAUAAUAGAUGGUAUUUUGCUGAUCUGGCAAGACGCCAUUACGAAGAGACAAGAUUGGAUGAGUUGAUCGAUCCUGAUCUACGACAACAAAUGGACUCACAAUCAUUACACAUCUUCUCAGAAACAGUGUAUCGCUGUUUAAAGGAGCAGCGAGAACAACGUUUAGAUACAAGUCGACUUGUCAAAAAGCUUGAGAAAGCCUUGGAGCAUCAGCUAAGACAUGAGAAUCCUGUAAGCAUAUCUAUAUUUUGA